AUGAAAACUCUCAACUGUCGAGCUUACGUAUCUUAUUACAACUCUCUCUCAAGACUCAUUCCUUAUCUGAUUACCCAUGAGUCUAGGUGCAUUGCGCGAUUCAUCAGAGGACUCGCUCAAGAAAUCAAGGGGAUGGUUAAAUCUUCCAAACCUGCAACAUUUAGAUCUGCUGUGGAUCUCGCCUUAUCUCUCACUGAAGAUGAGAAAAGAGUGAGAGCAACCAAGGCUGAGGGCGAUCACAAGCGGAAGCAUGAUGACACCUCUAGUAGGGAUUUUAAGAAGGGUAAGACUGGUUUGAAUUGUUACCAGUCCAAACCGAAUGAGGCAAAACCCAAGUGUAAAACCUGUGGGAAAUGGCAUUUUGGAAAACUUCAACAUAAUAAACCCAAAGGUUGUGGCAUCUGUAAGCAGAUGGACCACAAAUCCCAUGAGUGCAAAGAUCUGAAAAACGGAAACUGUUAUCGGUGGGGCGAGAAAGGGCAUAUAAAGACCCACUUCUCGAAAUGGGAAACUGACGCCAAGAACAAGGCCACUGAAGCCAAGAAAGGCAAUGCUAGAGCCUUUCAGCUGACUGUAAGGGAAGCAGUUAAAGAUGCGAAUGUCAUUACGGGUACGUUUCUCGUAAAUGAUAUAUUUGCUAGAGUCAUAUUUGAUUCCGGAGCUGAUAAGAGCUUCGUUGACUAUAAAUUUAGCAAACUUCUAAACCUGCCCUUAAGAAACCUUAGAUAUUACUUAUGA